AUGACUCCAUUAGAAACAGCAAUUCACGCCGCCAGCCUCAUCAAGAUGCACUUGACGAUUCUCCUCCGGCAUUUACCUCUUAAGAAGGCGCAUCUCGUUCCGCCGGUGGUCAAUACGUAA